AUAGUAUGUAUGUACACUACUGACCGCUUGAACGGAAGGAACGUGGAAUCGAACCAGUAUUGUCACUCACGUUGUUUCUAUGCGCGGGGAACUACUUUUUGUAAUUAUAUUUAAGUAGUUCGUAACGCGUAUUAUAAAGUAACAUAUUUUAAAUAAAAUUAAAAAAUGGCCUGUGAAAAUAGUGAAACACGUGUGAUCAUUCAAUUCGGGGGUGGGGCAGAACUACUUUUCAACAACAAGAAAAAAUACGACGUGAACUUACCUGGAAACGAAUGGACCAUACAGAGCCUGCUCUUCUGGAUAAAAGAUAACCUCUUAAAAGAACGACCGGAACUAUUUCUACAAGGGGACACUGUGCGACCGGGAAUCUUGGUUCUUGUCAACGACACGGAUUGGGAACUGUUGGGCGAGGGGAAUUACAAAUUGUGCUCCGGUGACGCGAUACUGUUCAUAUCCACUUUACAUGGCGGAUAAAGCGGCGCAGUUGGUCAACGAUCGUCACGGUCCUGUCCGAUUUGUUCGAGGGAAGCGAAAGAGGAUGCUUUUGUAACCGAGACGAAGAAGCUCGCGCGAGCGUGCACAAAAUGUCAGAGAAUAAAAUGCUCAUUCGCACGAUGUACGUUUCUUCGGGACGCUCCACGUAACUGCUAUAAUAUUACGGCUGACACUUUGGCCAUUUUCCAAGGAUCCCUGUAUUAUUGUUCUCGUCUCUCCUUCGUCUCCCAUGUAUACUACCUUUCCCAUGUACACGGGCAAUGGGCCAUAUCCUGUUCCCUCGUUCCGCAGCUCUGUCUGCCGCGAUCUUCGCGGUCGCGCGCAGCUUUGCAUGCAUUACCUCGUAAUUAACAUUCGCAGAUAAAGGGGUCGGGAAACGAGGAACGGUGCAAGUUUAAGAAUCUCCCCGCGGUCGGUUGUAAUUCAAUUGGCCUGAUGGCCGGCUGUAAAUUUCGAGAUUCGCGUUCCUGGGCCGCCGCCGUCGCGGUGAACUUCGGCUCCUCGUUGCCCGAUAAAAACGAAAUUAAGUUCGCGUAGUUGCGCCGGCGAAAUUAGUUUCAAUGCGGCCUGGGAUUGCGGAUCGGACUCGUCGAAAUUUCGCUGUUGCCCCGGCGUAAGUCUAUUAAAGUAACGACCGUAGCCGACCAAGUUCGCUCGGGGAAAAAUCUUGCCAAGAGAAAGCGAACGGGGAACGAAAAAAAGAGAGAAAGGAAAAAAAUGGGAAAACUUCCGCGGAACUCUGUAUAAUUAAUUACGGGCGGUGGUUCAUCGCGGUACACGAUAAAGAUCGUAUCGAAGGUCUCCCGGCUUCCGCGAAGAGUUAAUCAACCCCUGUUCCAUGAUGUCUGCGAUUCGCCUUUUCCCCCAUCGAUCGGCCGGCGAGCUUUCAACUUCAACGCCGGACUCACACCCCGAUUAAUAUGAUCCGCAGGCUAGGACGCUGCCGCCCCGGGAAUCUGAUUUCGCGAUACCAAAGCCAAUCGGCCAUUAGGAGAUCGAUCGAGCCUCUCUCCGCUUCGUCUACCGACGAUAAACAGUGCCACCAAUUAAUCAAGCGUGUCGAACGCCCGGAAAAUCGAUGAAAAGUGGCUGAUCGGUAUCGACUUUGCGCGAGAACUUCGCUUUUCCGUGUCCAUCCUUAAUCAUUCGCGUCAAAGGCGUAUUCAGUCUAGAAUGUAUUUAUUUAUUAAGACUUACAUUUACUUAGAAAUUAUAAGUAAAGUGAUAUUAAGACGAUAUUUACUUAUUUUAACAGAAGGUUGUUUUGUAUUGGGA